AAACAAACAGCUAAUUUGUAAAAUUCCCCUCCAAUUUCUCUUCUCGUCCUCUUUGUCUCUUUCUUUCUUUCAGAGCGAGCUCCAGCUUGGAGGGGUUCAUGGAGUCUCUCUCUCUCUCCUCGCAAGCCAUGGCCCAGUGGUCCUCAAGCUUCAGAUAAAAAUGAUAGAAAAAUUCACAACUGUUACUCUUCUCAGCUCUUGAGUUUCCGUGAGCUCAAUUUUUUUUUCUUUUGUGUUUUUUUGCGUGUUGUGGAGGAAAAGAAGCAUUUCUAGGGUUUUUGUGUGAAAAAGAAUGCCGGCGAACCGAUCGAAAUCUGAGAAGCACGAUGCGGCGGCGAAGCCGGUCCGGCGAGACCCGUACGAAGUGCUCGGUGUCUCCAAGAACUCCGCGGAUCAGGAAAUCAAAAGCGCUUAUCGAAGAAUGGCUCUCAAGUACCAUCCUGACAAGAAUGCAAAUGAUCCUAAAGCAGCUGAUAUGUUUAAGGAGGUCACCUUUUCCUAUAAUAUCUUGUCUGACCCAGACAAACGGCGUCAGUAUGACACAGCCGGUUUUGAGGCUGUUGAAUCAGAAAGCCAAGAAUUGGAGCUAGACCUUUCAAGUUUAGGAACUGUGAACACCAUGUUUGCUGCACUUUUUAGUAAACUUGGUGUGCCAAUCAAGACCACUGUAUCAGCAACAGUCUUAGAGGAGGCACUUAAUAAUUUGGUCACUGUUCUUCCACUACCAAUGGGGCAACCUAUAUCUAAGAAGGUUGAGAAGCAAUGUGCUCACUUCUAUUCUGUCAGGAUAACAGAAGAGGAAGCACGAUCUGGAUUUGUAUGUCGAGUGCAAUCGUCUGACAAAAGCAAGUUCAAGUUGUUGUAUUUUGAUCGGGAAGAGAAUAACGGCUUAAGCCUAGCGCUGCAGGAGGACAGUGCCAAAACAGGGAAGGUCACAUCUGCUGGAAUGUACUUUCUUGGUUUUCCUGUUUAUCGGUUGGAUCAAACAAUGAAUUCGGUGGCUGCUUCAAAAGAUCCAGAUGCUGCCUUCUUCAAAAAGUUGGAUGGAUUUCAGCCAUGUGAAAUAACUGAAUUGAAGGCUGGCGACCAUGUCUUUGCUGUUUAUGGUGACAACUUUUUUAGAAGUGCAAGCUACACAAUAGAGGCUCUCUGUGCUGCACCUUUUAAAGAAGAAAAGGAGUAUCUUAGAGCUGUAGAAACUCAAAUUCUAACAAAAAGAGUGGAAAUAUCAAAGUUUGAAACUGAAUACCGAGAGGUUUUGGCACAAUUUACAGAGAUGACCAAUAGAUAUGCACAGGAAAUGCAAGCAAUUGAUGAGCUUCUUAAGCAACGGAAUGAAAUGCAUGCAUCGUACACAAGUGCUCCUCCAAUGAAGCGGAGUAGGAGCAAGAGCAGAGGUUCCUUCAAGGAGGCCAAAGAAGAUGGCCCAGUGAAAGACAAGAAAUCUACAAUGAGGGAUCGGCCUAAGAAGAAGAAAUGGUACAAUAUCCACUUGAAGGUUGAAAAGAGAAAACCUUGCUGAAGAGGGGAAGCUAAAUCAGGUAGCGUGCACUCAUUUUUUUUUGUUGCAUUCGCUUGGCAUCUUGUGAACAAAGUAGGAGGCUAAGCAUUGCUGCAAGAGUGUUGAUCAAUGAUGAUUCUGGUGGAAUGUUUCCAUUUCUCUAGCAUGCUGAGGAUGACAACAUCUCAUUGUUAUUGUAGAAUUCUUUUUUUUCCCUCAUUGCCUUGGUCGUUCUCUUGUUCUUUUUCGUCAGUAUCUUCGACCAGCAUACCUGUAAAUUGCAUAAUCUUAUUCAUGAAGUUCAGUUCAACAACUUGUAGCAUGGGGUGUAUUUUUGGAUUAAAAAAAAAAUGAAAAUAUGGCAAGACAUUUCCUGAUGCUUGAAAAU